ACAUCUGCCCCCGAGGCCGGCACGAGCCGGCCAGCGUGCUGGGCAUCUUCGCCCGCAUCCCCUACGGCAUCACCUACUUCGGCAAGCCCACCUGCCGCUGCUGCGACGGCCGCCUCAACGUCGACUUCCUCGCGCAAGCGCUCGGGCUGCCGCUCCUCCCGCCGUCCAAGGCGCGCGGCGAGGACUUCCGGCGAGGCGCCAACAUGGCCAUGAUCGGCGGCACCGCGCGCGACUACAGCGGCACCAGCAUGUUCACCGGCUACGGCGUGCACCUCGACGGCUCCAUGGACAGCCAGAUGGAGGCUCUCCGCCGACUACUGCCUUGCAUCUGCGGGACACGGCAGAGUUGCAAGGAGUAUUUGGCCAAGUCCCUGUUUGUGUUUCAGCUGGGGGAGAACGGCUACAACAUCCAGCUGGUGAAUGGGUCCACGCUACACGAGGCAAGAAAGAGCAUACCCAGCAUAGUCAACACCAUCACAUCCGGCGUAGAGAAAUUAAUCACUCUCGGCGCAGUUGACAUCAUGGUGUCGAAUGUUGCUCCGAUGGGGUGCUACCCGCUAUACCUGAACUUCUUCGAGAGCUCCGACAAGGGUGACUACGACGAGUACGGGUGCCUGAGAAACCACAACGCCUUGUUUGAUAGGCACAACUCUUUCCUCAAGAACGGGCUCAGAAAGCUUCAAAAGAAGCAUCAACACACAAGGAUCAUGCAUGCCGACCUCGCGAGCCAGAUCUACCAAAUGGUACAGGAUCCCAAAAAGUUUGGCUUUGUGAUUGGGACCAUACUUAUGGGAUGUUGCGGAAAGGCCAAUGCGCCAAAUGGAUUUGAUCUGCUCGCAAUGUGUGGGAUGGAUGGCUCCAGCGUCUGCCAUGACCCGGGGAGCCACCUAACCUGGGACGGUAUGCACCUUAGCGACGCUGCCAACAAACAUAUCGCCGAGGGUUGGCUAAGUGGCACGUACUGCCGCCCACCGAUUCUGUGGUGA